CAAACCUGCUCAUUCUUGCUUUGUGUAAACAAAAACGCAGAUAUCAGAGGUUCAGGUACUCAACUUUGGUUGAAAAUGGCGAAGGGGGGAUCAUCAGCUUCAGCAGCAGCGUUGAUUCUGAAUAUCAUCAACUCUGUCUUCACCGCUUGUGGCAUAGCCAUAUCCUUGUAUGCACUCUACUGUUCGGUAGGUUUGAAAUCCGAAGUUCCACAGCAACCAUUACAUCUCCACAAUUCCUUAAAUCAGCUGUUGCUUGCGCCUGAUGCCUCCAUCCAAUUAUCCCGUAAGCCUCCUACAGCCUGGUUUAUUUAUUUUCUACUCACUGUUGCUGCGACCCUGUUCGUGAUAUCCUUUUUCGGAUAUAUUGGAUCUGUAAUGAGGAACCCCCGCUGUCUGGGCUUUUACUCAGUGUUGUUGGUGACACUCUUUUUGGCACAAUUAGGAGCAGUUGCUUCCAUGUUCUUACAACCCAUAUGGGACAAGGAUUUGUCCAAAGACAGGAGUAGCAAUCUGCAAUCUACUUCUUAUUUCCUUAAGGUCAACUGGAAAAUAAUUAGAUGGCUUAUUCUAGCUGUACCUAUUUUGGAGGUGAUUGCUUUCGUGCUAGCCUUGUACCUGCGAUCUGUGAACAAAGAUCCGCAGGGAAUUGUUGAAUACCAGAAGAUUGUUUUCCAUGAUGAUCAUAUAGCUGUGCCUGUGAAGAGAAACAUGUCAUCUACUACCGAACCUUCAACUGGCCGUCCUACCCCAUCAAUCUUCGCGAGUUCCUCCCGUUCGCAAAAUCUCCGACGAAAUCCGCUGCUGGAAUUUGAAAAAAUGGAUGGGCAAGAUUCAGGAGAUUCAAAGCAGAGCACUGCUGACAUGACAGCUUUUGUCCAGAAUCUUCUUCAACAGAUGCAAUCAAGGUUCCAAACUAUGUCUGACUCCAUUAUAACAAAGAAUAUCCUUUUUCUUAUGUCUCAUAUUAUUUACAUGUAACAUUUCACUGUUAAACAGUCCUUUACUGUUAUCUUUAUGAUUGAAUUUCUUGAAGCAAUGAAUUUUUUUAAUUCAUAUUUUAUAGCAUCUGAAAGGAGUUGUUCUGUCUUUUGUUGGGCUGUUGUGGUUGAGGGCAUUGGUGGUAUCUAGGAUUAAACUUUAAUGGAAUGCUUAUAUAUUGCAGAAAGAAAAGAGUACUUAUAUAUUAGCUUCUAUUUGUUAGACAACAUAUAGGAUUUUAGCUUACUUUUGGGGAAAAGUGCAGGAAGGGAUUGCAAUUUCCAUUUUGAAUGAGCUUCAAUCUGUUAAUGCUGUCAAAAACAAGUGGAACAAUUUCAUAUUUAUAGAAUGUGUGGUGCCAUUGAUUGGAGUAUAAAACACUUGAAAUGCUCAAUUGAUAAUCAAACAAAUUUAAUUUGGCUUUUGGUUUCCUUGACUCUGAUGCACUUGAUGAGAUGGGCGGCAGGAUAGAUGAAUUGGAGCAGAGCAUUAACGAUCUCAGAGCUGAGAUGGGUGUGGAGGGCUCACCUUCCCCACCAGUCCCGGUUAAGCCAAAGGAUGAGUCUAAGUCAACCAACGAUUCAGCUUGAGAUUAUUAACAGCAUUUGUCAAAGCUUAAAAGAACCAGGUUGCUGCUGUAUGAUUCCUUUUUCUCAUUUUGCAAAAUCAAUAGUUUUUAAUUUGUAAACAGAUUAAUAUAUUACCCAGGAUAUGAAUCAAAAGCUCUUCCAAUCACCUUUGUUUUCCGGAGAAUUUUAAGAAGCCUUUGAUGUUGCUUCCUAUUGGCAAAUGCUUAAAGGUCUGUUCCUUUUGUUAUUCAUAUAGAACUCAAAAGGUUUGUGAUUAUACUCUAUUUACUUGGUUUGCUAAGUUGGAUGCACAUUUCUGUAAUUGUUAUGAUCUCUAUUGCGUUCAAUCGUGGACCGUA